UUAAUCAGAAAGUUGAUCAACUGCAAUCACAACCAAUCCCACUUCCUUGACAAUAUAAAUAAAAGAAGAAACCUUAAAAUCUAGAGCUCACACCUACACUUGCCUCUACUUCACAGACUGUGUCCUCUCUUCCUCUCUGUACGUCUUUCUGCAUCUUUGUUCUCAAGAUCUUCACCAACUAAAAUGUCUCACCGAGCCAACAUCAGAAUUCAGAGGAGAGGCUUCAGUAACUCAUCUGCCAUCCUACCUAACUUGUGUCGCACCAACUGGAGCUCACAAAGUGUGGGCAGAGGUGGAAACUGUGGCAUUGGACGUGCUGGCUGGGGCCAGGCCGGUGGGGCUGGUUUUGGUAGCCAAAGCCUUUACAAUCUUGGUGCAUCCAAGAGGAUUGCAGUUGGAGGCAGUUAUGGCAGUGGCAUCAGUGGAGGCUAUGGGUACGGUGGUGGAGUUUGUAAUGGCUAUGCUGUUGGUGGUGGUAUUGGUGGAGGCUAUGGGCUAGGUGGAGCUGGUUUUGGUGGAGGAAGAGGGGACUCUUGCUUCCCAGUUUGCCCACCAGGUGGAAUCCAAAAAGUAACUGUCAAUCCUAACCUGUUGGUGCCUCUCAAGCUGGAGAUUGACCCCACCAUAGAGAAAGUCCGCAAAGAAGAAGGAGAACAGAUCAAGAUACUCAACAACAAGUUUGCCUCCUUCAUUGAUAAGGUGCGUUUUCUUGAGCAACAGAAUAAAGUGCUGGAAACAAAAUGGACUCUGCUACAGGAACAUGACCAGAAAACUGUGAAAAGUAACAUUGAGCCACUUUUUGAGGCUUACAUCAACAAUCUUAGAAUAAGGCUGAAUGAUCUGGAGAAGGAGAAAGUAAGGCUGGAUGGAGAGCUACAUACCACCCAAAACCUUGUUGAGGAUUACAGGAGCAAGUAUGAAGAUGAGAUCAAUAAGCGUAUGGAAGCAGAAAAUGACUUUGUAAUCCUCAAGAAGGAAGUGGAUGCUACCUACAUGAACAAACCAGAACUAGAAACUAAAUUACAAUCUUUAGUUGAGGAGAUUGAUUUCCUCAGAGUCCUACAUGAAAUGGAACUGGCAGACCUACAGAGGCAGAUCUCGGACACUUCUGUGAUUUUGUCCAUGGACAACAAUCGCUACCUGGACCUCGACAGCAUCAUUGCUGAAGUCAAAGCCCAGUAUGAAGACAUUGCAAAGAAAAGCCGGGCUGAGGCUGAAGCUUGGUAUCAAAGCAAGUAUGAGGAACUCCAGAGUACUGCUGGAAGGCACAGUGAUGAUCUUCGUAACGCCAAGCAUGAGAUUACAGAACUUAACCGACAUGUCCAGAGAGUAAAGGCUGAAAUUGAAAGUGUGAAAAAGCAGUGUGCUAAUCUACAGGCAAAGAUUGCUGAAGCAGAAGACCGAGGUGAACAGGCACUCAAAGACGCAAGGCAGAAACUGGCUGAACUUGAGGAUGGUCUUCAGAACGCCAAGCAAAAUAUGGCCAAACAACUCAAGGAUUAUCAGGCACUACUGAAUGUGAAGAUGGCCCUAGAUGUUGAGAUUGCCACCUACAGAAAGCUUCUGGAAGGAGAAGAAUAUCGAUUGUCAAAUGAUGCAGCUGGUGCAGUGAACAUCUCUGUUAUCUCUUCACAUAUUUCACGAAGUUCGACUGCUGGCAGCAGUCUUGGCUACAGAAGUGGCUUUAGCCUGGGCAGAGGUAGUUACUUUACAGUAGGAGGCGGCGGCAGCAGCAGCAACAUUGAAAGUGUGGACCAUGGAGAUGGAAGCAACAACAUCAAAAGUGUGGACCAUGGAGAUGGCAGCAGCAACAUCGAAAGUGUGGACCAGGGAGAUGGCAGCAACAACAUCAAAAGUGUGGACCAUGGAGAUGGCAGCAGCAACAUCGAAAGUGUGGAUCAGGGAGAUGGCAAUUGACCUCUUCUCCUCCAACAAGUCACAUAAGCUAAAGUUCCAGUCCCUUGCACUUUUGAAAUGAAACACGUGAACAAUGUCUUCUCUGGACCUCUCUGUGCAGUAUAGGUAGCCCUCGCCUUAUGACCAGAACUAAGCCUGGAUUUAUGGUUGUAAUUGAGUCCACAUGAUUGCCUCACUUAAUGACCACCAUGCAAUCUCUCCAUUGUGGUUAUUAAAUGGACUAAUGGAUCCCUUAGAGACUGGUAAAGGUCCUGGGAGGCCAGAAACAGGCCCACAUUACAGCACCUCCCCAAAUCACACCUGUCCUGCAUUGGACCAGCCCCCCCCCCAAUCUGGAGGCCUCCCUUGAACAGCUUCCCAUCACUCUGGAUCCCACAUCCUUGGAAACCCCCUACCCUGCUCUACUUACUUUUUCUGAAAGCCACCUUACCCAAGGAGAUUCAUCGUGCAGCAGCCGUAUGAUACCAUCCUGGAAGUAGGUGCCAUUUUGGAAGUUGGAUAACCCAAAGCAACCCCUGCAUAGGAACACUGCAUAGUGGACUGGCUGCUUUUUCUGAAAGGCUCUUUCUGAAGAUUGCCUUUCAGAAAGGCAGCUGAUCUGCUGAGCUGCUUUCCUAUACAGAAGCCAUAUACUGUAGUGUCAUUCCAGAAGCAGGCGCCAUUUUUGGGAAAUGGCCACAAUUCUUGGAUUUGAGAAUUAUGGCCACUCCCAAAAUGGCACCUGCUCCAGGAUGAUUUAAAGUGGCCUCUGUCACUCCCCAAAUGGCACCUACUUUGGGAUGGCACCACACAGCCCUUUUAUAGGAAGACCAAAUGACAGAUCAGCUUUUUUUCCAAAGGUUGAUCUUCAGAGAUCACUUUUCAGAAAAAGCAGCAGUCUAUCCGCUGUUCAGCCUUCCUAUACACAGCUUGCUUCAUGCCAUCCCUGAAAUGGGUACCCUUUUGGGAGAGGCCGCAAUUCUCAGAAUGUGAGAAUUGCACCACCUUCCAAAAUGGCACCUACUUCCAGGAUGCCAUCACGUGGCUUCUAUGUAGAUAAAGCCACAUGGCACAUCAGCUGCUUCUCCCUGGGAAAUGUGAUCAUUGGAAAAGGUAAGUGGAACAAGUCAUGACCGGGGGGGGGGGGAAGGAAGCCCAAGGAUAUGGGACCCAUUGAGGCAGGAAGCAGGCCUAAGGGACCCAGCAGGGUGGGAUGAAGGGGAAGAUAGGCAGGUAGGGGCAACUGCAGUAAGAGUGGCAGAUAGCAAAGCACCCUAAUUUUGUUCAUGUGACUGUCAGGCAUACUGUAGCCAUAAUUUUAGAUAUAGAUUGUAAUUCCCUUUGUAAUUUCAAACUUGAAUGAGUGGAUGUAAAUUGAGUACUAUCUGUAUUCAUACAUGCAUUUUUUGCUUUGUAUCCAGCUUUUGUAUAAGACAAGCCAUUUCUCUUAUUGUAUGUAAACAACACUCUGCUUUUCAAAUGAGUCAAACUGUAUAGAGGAUAGGCUUGUGUUCUGAUUUUGCUUUCUUUCAUCCAACUCAGAUUUCUACAUUUUUCAAGGUUUGUAUAAACUACCUGAUCUUCUGAGGGGUUUUGUGCUUGAAAUAUGUACUUUGAAACAUGCCUUUACUUUUCAGUGUGUAUCCAAUAAAAUACAUAUCAUAAUGUA